UUUGCCAGAAAAAAGGGAAAAACCUAUUAUCAGGCAUGGCAUUGGCUCGAGAAGAGAUUGGAGGAUGUGGAGGUGAUCAGACCUGCUGAUGACUGGUACCAGGAGUGUCAAGAUCGGCCUCUGUGGAGGAAGCUGGUGACAUGCGGCAGGGCAGUUGGAGCUGACGCUUCCUCUGACACUUCCUCUUCAGAAUUGGUGUGAUGGAGCGAAGGCACUCAGCACAGCUCUGUACAAAAAGGCAACAAUGUGACCAGUAUGCAAACAGCACGGAUCGUACUGGAAACUUGACACAGCACCAAAGAACACACACAGGAGAGAAACCUUUCAAGUGCACUGUGUGUGAGAACACAUUUGCACAUCCAUCACUUCUUCAGAGGCACCAGAGAACACACACGGGAGAGAAACCCUUCAAGUGCACUGUGUGUGAGAAGGCAUUUGCACGGUCAUCAGUUCUUCAGAGGCACCAGAGAACACACACAGGAGAGAAACCCUUCAGGUGCACUGUGUGUGAUAUGGCGUUCGCACAUUCAUCACAUAUUCAAAGACACCAGAGAACACACACAGGAGAGAAACCCUUCAGGUGCACUGUGUGUGAUAAGGUGUUUGCACAGUCACCACAUCUUCAAAGACACCAGAGAAUACACACAGGUGAGAAACCCUUCAGGUGCACUGUGUGUGAGAAGGCAUUUGCAGACUCAUCAGUUCUUCGGAGCCACCAGAGAACACAUAGGCAUCCGGAGAUUCCUAAGGAGGGGAGUUUGAAAUCGACUUGUGAAAGCCAAAGUGCUGCAAUUAGCCCUUCCCUUAUGAAACAAGAUCCAGACGAAAAUCCCAGCUUUGACACUUGGAAAGGUAUCAAGAUGAAAUAUGAAGACGCGAAGGUGAAGUGUGAAAAAGUGACAGUAAAGAGCAAAGAAGUGAAGGUAAACUGUGAAGAUGAAGAUUCAGCUCGAAAAUCAGACCUUCACAUCGAUGGAGGCAACGUGAAGCAGGAGGAGAAUUCUGAUUCUGAGGCAGAGCGAGGCAACUCCCCGAAGUUUGUAGAAGUGGAGGUGUGGGUGGACUUCUUAGACAAUACAAAGUCAAAUGGAGACCCUGUGGAUGUGUAAGCUUGACACAAUGAACUUCCAAUAGGUUCAUCUUUGUCACAGGCCUUUAAUGAAAAUAAUGUGAAGAUGAACACUCAAUUCCUAGGUUCAACCUGCAGCGUAAGAGCGGCGAUUAUUUGUAGAUCUGUCGGUUGGGUAGAUGUCUAACCAGAAACGAGAGCCAAUAAGCUCCCAAGCCUUCACUAUGUUAUAAUAAUAUUUGCAUUCAUAUGGUGCUUGCUUAAUUGGCCAUAAUAGAGGUUUUUUGGAUUAGAUCGCGUAAAUAUCAAUGUUUCGUUAAACUCGCCACUACCCAAUUGGUUCUGUGCUAGUAUAGUGUAAUAGUGCAGACUAUUGUCCAGCAACGGCAACUGCGGUGGACGAACAGUACACACGCCGGUGAGCAUAUACAUAGGGUGUUGGCAGGGUGGAGGAACUGUGGCAAGGGUCACGGAAGCCCCCAUCUGGAAGCCCCUAGAAUCUGCUAGUGGGUUUGAGAAGGGAGGCGCGGCCAGGGCAGAGCCAGGCCGCGCUGGGUAGCAUAAAAGCAGCUGAGAGCGGGAGCUCAGGGUUGCCGGUUCUGGGAGUGGGCUCGUCUCGUCGUCGCUGUCAUCUUCGCCGCCUUUGUUGCUGCCGUCUUUGCUAGAUUUUGCGUUGCCGGAUAGUUGUUGGCUGUCUCGGUCAGCGCCAUCGGUGUUAGCCGGUCACGGUUGUGUUAAGGCUAGGCUAGACAACUAUGAAGAGUGCGAUGGUCAACCUGUGAAGGUGUUAAUAAAGAAGGUGCCCCCUGAGAAACCUUGUUUUCAGCUACAAUAACACUACAACUGGUGUCAGGAGUGGGGUGAAGAAAGAACCCACCUAUAGUGUCAGAGGACUGGAACGGUGAAAUAUUCAUCCUCCCGGCAGCCCCGGGACUUCGGUUACAAAGCCCAAUGGUAGAGAGAGAGCGGCUGCGGAUCGGCGGGACAGCGGUUGUGGAUCGGCGGGAGAGCAGCUGUGCAUCAGUGGGAAAGCGGCUGCGGAUCAGCAGGAGAGCGGCUGCACAUCAGUGGGAGAGCGGCCGCGGAUCGGCGGGAGAGCGGCGGCGAAUCCGUGAGAGAGGAGCCCCAUCCUCCGCGGUCACGCGCCGAGCACGCGUCAUAGCCGAGGACCGUCAUGUUGAGGGGAGCGUAGGAUGGUGCGUGAGGCGCGUCGUGGCUAGCGGCACGGAAAGAAGUCACAAGGGGACCCUGGCGGCGGUCCCGUCAAUGUGGGAGCGGAGGAGCCUGGACUGGGGACCGCGCAUGUGGUGGGCACCAUUUUGCCCAUGGAGGGCCUGGCAUGGCUGGUGGGGGCUAUUUUUCGAAGAGCGUGGGACAGCGCUGGAGGGGCACCGGAGUCGAUGGCACUGCAAGGGGUAAUUUUUGGCCUACCGCGCGAUGCCCGCACGAGGUUUCGCCAGCGGAAGCGAGGGGAGGCUGAGAUGCCCUUUGCUUUCCGGGAGGCGCUGCUGGCGCUGGGACGGAAAGCGUACCCCCAGAUGGGUGAGACGGCGCUCGACUCCUUGGCAACGGAAGGGUUGUUGGCGCUGGCGCGGGAGUCGGGGAUCGUCCUGCCCUUCGCUGAAGGCAUGGGGAUCAUGUCCUUGAAGGUGGCCCAGGAAAUUCAGGUUCACAAGACCUGCCAGCAUUGGCCCAAAGUGGAGGCUUGGCCAUGGCAGGAGGAAGACAUGGUGGCUGUGGUGUGUAGCCGGGGGAUUCACGGGAGAAGGCCCUCGCAGGUGGGUUGGUAACCACGGGGCAGCCCCCUCUGCCCUGGGGUCCCACGGCCGAGUGUUUCAGGUGUGGUUGGCCGGGCCACAUCGCCAUAGCAUGCUGGGGUGUCAGCAGGGCGCCGGCAGCGCCACCGAUGCCCUCCAACCCGCCAGCAACGUCUUCCCAAGCUCCACCGGAUCCGAGUCUCUGAUGCUUUCUGAGACGGGCGUGUGCAAAGUGUCAGGGGCUGGAUCUGAUUAGAUGCUACUGUGGAAUUCAGGAGGGGCCGCGCCCUUUAGGCUAUUGUUUUUUUUGUUCCCAUUAUUCGGAAUCCCAAGGAAUGCAAGACCCUGCCAAGGCAGGGUUGACCAGUGUCAAGGACCGGCUCACAUUAGCUAUGUUCCAGUAAAUACAGACUCUACCUUGUAAGGUGGGAUUCGGAGGGGUUGUGUAUGUUGUUUGGGUUGCGUAUGUUGUUUCGGUUGUGUUAUCGGUUCGCGGUGUCGGGGGGUGGUGUCGCGGUUGUGCGGUCCCCGACGGGGUUCUUGCUCACACCGCGGUUGCGCUGCGUGUUGUCAGUUUGCGGGGGGUGCCGCUGGUUGUCCGUUUUUGUUGACGGUCUGCGGGGGGUACCGGGGUUCUUCUAUGUGGUUACGGUUCACGUGAGAAGCUGCGGUUGCACUCGAUGGGAAGUAUUGCAACCAAGGUUUUUUUUGUGUCGGUGGUGUUACUCGGGGUUGGGGGUUGCUCUGCCUAUCCACCGGUUGCAGUUGCUGGAUGUCAGCCAACUGUUGUCCAGCAACGGCAACUGGGGUUUAAAAACAGUACACGCCGGCGAGCAUAUACACGGGUGUAUCGGAAAGGGCGGAGGAACUGGGCAAGGGUCAGGGAAGACCAUAUCUGGAGCCCCUGGAAUCUGCUCGUGGGUUCGAGAAGAAAGGCGCGACGAGGGCGGAGCCAGGCCAUGCUGGGUAGCAUAAAAGGAGCUGAGAGUGGGAGCUCAGGGAUGCCGGUUCUGAGAGUGGGCUCUUCUCGUUGUCACUGUCAUCUUCGUCGCUUUUGUCGCUGCCGUCUUUGCUAGAUAUUGCGCGGCCGGAGAGUUGUUGGCUGUCUCGGUCAGCGCCAUCGGUGUUAUUCAGUCAGGGUUGUGUUUAGGCUAGGCUAGAUAACUAUGGAUAGAGCGAUGGCGAACCUGUGAAGGUGUUAAUAAAGAAGGUGCCCCCUGAGAAACCGUGUCUCCUGCUCCGAUGACGACACUAGUAACAAAUUGGCAUGUUCUGUUUACAUGUCACACCUUCCUAAUUGGCUGUGCCGGGUGGUGGCGGGUUUAAUGAUGCAUUUGUUUUACGCGAUCUAACCCAAAAAACCUCUUAUGGAUGAUAUUGGUCGCGGAAGCCGACGUGUUAAACUUGCUUAAUUGCCUCAGCAAUUCGGAGUUUUCUAUCAUAUCUCAUCACAAACACUUGAAGAGCACCCCACGUGGCAGCUGCCUCUGUAUGGCAUAAGAUGGCCCUGCACCAGCCUGCAUGUGGGCAUGAGUCUGUCAGUAGCGGGCGAUAAUUGGCAUGUAAUCUCCGUUACGUUUUUUCUGGAUAAUAUUUGGAAUUACCCAAAUUUUGACAAUGACAGCAACAUGCAAUGACCUAUGCGUUUUGAAUGACACAAUAGUAUGUUUUACAUCCACUGUUCAGCAGACGGUGCAUAUUUUGGUUAAUGUUACUGGAGUAGCCAGAGGUGCCUAUCGGAUUUGUACCUUAAACCUCUGCAAUAAAAAGAAUGCGCUACCACUUGGCUUCCCUCAAUCUAAGUGUAGGCAUGCCAGCCUGAAUGUUUCUAACCGAUGCAGAUGUUCCAUUUAGAGGGUCCACGUUUCACAUGCCUGUAGAAGGAAGGACAUGACUGGUCGAGAAGACCCGACGCUCCGUACGGAGCGAUUGACCAGGUAGCUUCCACGCAGCAAUGCGCAGCUGAUGAAAAGAUAAUGCGGCCCGACUGAUUCGGACCAUCCACAGUGUGUACACAUACGCAGUGUAUAAAUUGUAUAAAUAAGGUGUACACACAGUCUGCUCAUACACGGUGUAUACAUAGUAACAAGAACAAUAACCACCAUUUUCCACUAAGUGGCGGUGAUGUCACCACGGCGCUUGUACCAGGCUAUGUGCACGUUAAGGUCACGUGAAGUGUCAAACGCCCGCCAGCAGGAGUUCACGGAGCAGACCCAGGUGCCAUGGGUCGACUGACUGAGAUGACUUUGUCCCCGACUGUGCCAACACUGUAUGCAGUUUAACACGUAGGCUUUUGUGUCCAAUAUCAUCCAUUAUAGAGGUUUGUGGGUUACAUCACAUAAAUAUAGAAAUGUGUUGUUAAACCCGCCGCCACCCGACAGCCAACGAGUAAGGGUUGUCACAUUAACAGAACAUGCCAAUUGGUCACAAGUACAGCACACCGGUGUGUUGGAGAGCCAAGCCACAACAUUUACAAUCUGAGUACGACGUUUCGCCAGUAAUUAGAACUAGCUUCAUCAGGCGACAGACAGAUUUGUGAAGUCUUUUAUUUCGUUACUUAUAUAGAGGCGUAGAUGUGUUGACCACCCUUCUGCAGUCUUGCACAAUGUGGGGGGGAUUAUUGAGGCAAUGUACAUUAUGCAUGUGCUGCAUUAUGCGAGUACUUUGAACGUAUUCUUCCUGUCUCUUGUGUUUUUAAAAUAGCCCUACCAAUGGUAAUCCCUAUGGAAGUACGCUGCCCUUUGUAGGCAUGCAUUUAAAUAAUGAUCGAGAAGAAACCUGAUGGCUUGUUGGGACAUUCUACCUACAGGAAAGCCACCCACACAGAUUCUUAUCUAAAGCCUGAUUCCCACCACCAUCCAGCCCAGAAGAACUCCCUCAUUAAAACACUACACCAUAGGGCCCAUCUCCGAUCAGCAACACAUAGCCAGUGAGCUGGAGCACGUAUACCAAGCCCUCAAGAUGAAUACAUAUUCAAACAGCACAAUCUGCAAAGCUGAAUACCCAACCAUGGGGAGAGAACCAUCUGAGGACCCAAUCAAAACCAUCACUUUGCCAUACAUAGCAGGUGUUACAAAAAAGAUUUCCAAAGUCUUGAACAAACACAAGAUCCAGGUUCGAUUCAACACAGUACACAAAAUCCAUGAUUUUAUCUCAUCUGUGAAGGAUGUCAUUCCUGACAUGCAAUACCCUGGUGUCUACAGAUUAAGUUGUGUCUAUGGUAGCAGUUAUAUCGGGGAAAUGAAACGACAUGUCUCGGACCGUGUUCGCGAACACAAGACAGAUUUGAAACACGGCAGAACCAAUACCUCUGCCGUGGUUGAUCACUGUUUUAACGCGGUGGGUUCAAACAAUAUUGUUUUUUUCCGAGACUAAGGUACUCUGCAAACCUUUGGGCUACCAUCAAAGAUUUGUCCAUGAAGCCAUCCGAUAUAUAAAGACACAAUUUCAACCAAGAAGAUGGGUACAAACUGAGCAAUCAUUGGAAGGAUGUUAUUAACCAGGUAAAGUUAUAACUUGCUGUGAUGUUUCCAUCUUUCCUGCCGUUGUUUUACAUUAACAGACUAAGGUCUAAUCUUUAUUUGAAGGUCUCACUAACAUAGCCACCACUGCUCCAUUUUGCCUGUAUGUCUCACUGGCACGGCCACCGAUACGGUGGUUCUCUUGCGUUGAUACGCAGGCCUCUCACUGCAGCAGCCAACGCCGCAGCUUGUGUUGUCCACGAGGUGGCGCUAUGCCCGGUCCUCUAACACAGACAUGCUAUCUUCCCAUUAAACUCGUUUACAUUGACAUGCCAAUCUCUCCCUUUAACGCAGCUGUUGUGUGUGUGGCGACAGGACUCCUUUACAUCUCUGUUCCUGCCUACUUAUCCUUGGGUGACACCCACUUCAAACCUAUAUAUGGCCUCUUGUUGCAGCAGCCCUUUUUUGUUCAGUUCUACUGCUGUUUCUUUCCACCUGAUGACUAUUGCUUGUGUUGCGAUCAAAACGUGACUUAUAAUUUAUUUUUAUACUUACGUGACUUUACCGAAAGAACCAAAGAGUAUAAAUAACAUCAAAAUCAAUUGAGUGUCCUUGUUGGCACGUGUGUUCUGCUACUGCUGACAGGUGCAUUUGGGAGAAUUUUAUAUUUCUCCGAUGUUCUUUUAGUCUCGUGCUGAUCAUUCGUCCUGUUUGCCCAACGUAAUAUUAACCACACGUGUAGUUAAUCCUGUACACACCUUCGGUUGAUAUAUUCGGUAAUACAUCUUUUGUACCAGAUUAAAUUCUGUAUUUUAUGUACCGUGCCAAA